AUGGCAUUCACGGUCAAGAUCAAGAACCAAUACAGCACUGACACUGCUCGUUCCUACUGUAUGGUCGCACUACCCCCUGUGGUGGUCGACGAGAACAGUAGCCUCACUAUCCAACCAGGAGAGCUGAUGACUCCCACUUUCGCUGUCACCGACACAAUAACCUACGACUCCGUCACUUCCAUGACGUUCAAAUAUGAGUACUUUGCCUUUGUAGGGACCUGCACAUCCGGUGCUCACCCGAGAAUCGAACGCACCAAGAGCGUGCCUGUGAACCUAGGGUCUGUGAAGGCAGAUGGAUUUGUGGCCUUGGUUGACUGGGAUGAUGGUCAGGUCGACAUCAGGAUUGCAAAGGGAAACGACCUUGAAGAAGAAUCCCUAACUUACGCUCCCAAGGGUGCAAUCCGCAUCAAAUGCAGAAGAGCCCCAACCAACCGCAAAAAGUCCUAUGUGGUUGGCCUUGCCCAGCGUCUCAUCACUGAGGAGAUUGACGAAGAAGACAACACACAGGAGCUUCCUGACCCUAUUCCGAUCGCUGCCGUACCCUACAAGAAGGACAAGCUGUAUACCAUCAAACCUUCCGCGACCAUGUGUAUCAAGGUGACGGAUCGCGGGACUCCCGAGGGUCUAGUCCUCCCCCCUACCACCGCCAAAGUGGCCACGAUCGACUUCAAAAAUGCCAAGAAGGGCGAAAACCCUCAGGUCAUGGUAACUGAAACCGGGGAUGGCUAUUUCCAAGGACGGAGCCACAUAUCAGAAGCCACACUUCAGAAGCUUUUCUCAGGGAGUUCUCCAGUACCACCACCACAACCACGAGCUCCCCAACAGCAGCCAGCCCGCGCCCCAGCCGGCGUAUCCAAGGAGAAAGAGCAAGCCCAAAAAUUGGGAUUCACGUCGGUUCGACAGAUGCACGCGUACCAGUUCCUCACCAAGUACAACAAAACACAGCUGGCCGGCUUUCACAAAGACGAAACGCUAAAGAGCAUUGCUAUGAACGCCGCUGACUGGGGAGCCAAGAUUCUCGCCAACGAUGAGUAUAGGGAUGAAUAUCUGGACGACCUCUUGGUGUUGGCAUUGUUCGACACCAUCCUCUUCCUAGAUAAUUCCAAGUCCAUCGACUGGGAACCAGAGAGAGGCGAACAGCUCCAGCAUAUCAGUGGGAGCAUUGUCGAUGUUGAGAACAUCUACGACAACACGCCGUCGGUCCGGAUCGAGUUUCUGAACGGCAGCCCACGAGACGAUACCGCUUCCACUGCAGAAGAAGCACGAGAACUGAUUGCAAACAUCAGAAACCAUGGAAAGACCCCUCUCGGCACCCAACUGCGGCGCAAGAUACUGGACCGUUUCGUGUACCCCAAGCUACAUUCCAAAGGCACUUUCCGGCCUGUCCUGAUCUGUAUCAUAACUGAUGGAGAUCCCCAAGGCGAGGACAGAGACCAGUUCAAAAAGGAGAUCCAAGCGUGCAAGGCACUUCUUCAAGAUCGCGACAAGACGAGGGUUGGGGAAAAGCGUAAGACUUACUCUCUCAUCGAUGUGUUUACGCCGGAACCGCAAGAGUUGACCAGACCAAGACGUGCUCUUCCAGAUCUCUCAAAUCAGCAGCUUGAUAUCCCGCUCGACGAAGAGGAUCCAAUCUUUACAUACUCUGCGGCUAUCUCGAGACUUGCAGGUGCUGCCUUUGUUGGUUCUCAAAAAGCCACCACGAUUGACGACAUUUGGGACUACACAGAGCGGCUCCAAAAGGACCAGGCAAGCAAUAAGCGACUACGAGGCUUGAAGAGGAUUGGACCUUGUAUCGAGCGACUGCAAGAAUACGCUGGCGUAAUUGAGGUCUUUGUCCAGGUCAAACCAGAUAUUCUGGCUCUCAUCUGGGGAUCGAUCAACCUUUUACUUCAGGUUUCAAGUAACCUCGUCGCUUCUUUCGAUGCAAUUCUUGGGGUCAUGAAGAAUAUGGGGUCUAUUCUUCCUCGAUUCAAAGAAUUUGUUCCGUUGUUUAAGAACAAUGAGCGCUUGAAAUAUGCUCUAGGGCUGUUCUUUCAGGACAUCCUUGAUUUCUACCUCACAGUUCUUGGCUGUUUUGGUAUCCGUCCUCUCGUUCAACCUCGGUUAGACAGGGAGCUUUCAGCGAAUUCAAUCCUCCGCAAACUUCGACCACUGUCUGAUAGUCCGACCACAUCGCCAGAAAAGAAAGGAAAUGGGUGA